GCACGAUUGCACGUGGUUAUAUAAGGAAUUCGUUGAAGAAACGUCCAGUUGUGUUUACAUUCGCGCAUGGUCGCCCGUCUGACCAUGACUUUGAAAUAUAUUUUAGUUUUGAUAGCUCUGACCGGUGCAAAUGUCAACUGCAAAACAACAUACAAAAUAUGCGUCCCAUCGCAAUACUUGAGUGCAUGUGAGGAGAUGCUUCAAGUGGACACUAAAAGCAAGGCUAUAUUGGAAUGUAUCGCAGCCAGAGAUAGGGUGGAAUGUCUGACGUUCGUGCAGCAGAGGCAGGCAGAUCUGGUGCCUGUAGACCCUGAGGAUAUGUACGUGGCAUCCAAGAUACCCAACCAAGACUUCGUGCUGUUCCAGGAGUAUAGAACAGAUGAAGAGCCUGACGCGGAAUUCCGGUAUGAAGCUGUCAUAGUCAUCCAUAAGGAUCUUCCCAUCAACAACCUGGACCAACUUAAGGGCUUGAAGUCGUGCCACACCGGCGUCAACAGAAAUGUCGGUUACAAAAUCCCGCUAACAAUGCUGAUGAAGCGAUCCAUCUUCCCCAAAAUGACGGACAGAACAAUCUCCCCAAAGGAGAACGAACUCCGCGCCCUCUCCACCUUCUUCAAGAAAUCCUGCAUAGUUGGAAAAUGGUCGCCUGAUCCAAAGACCACAUCAUUUUGGAAGACACAAUACAGCCAGUUGUGCGGCCUGUGCGAGCACCCAGACAUCUGCGACUAUCCUGACGUAUACAGCGGUUACGAGGGUGCUUUGAGAUGCCUGGCUCACAACGGUGGAGAGGUCGCCUUCACUAAAGUCAUCUUCACCCGCAAGUUCUUCGGGCUGCCAGUUGGAACGACCCCAGCUAGCCAGUCACCAGAGCACCCUGAUGAGUUCGCUUAUCUUUGCGUGGACGGAUCUAAAGUACCAGUCAGGGAAAAGGCUUGCUCUUGGGCUGCCAGACCCUGGCAAGGCUUGCUGGGACAUAACGAUGUGUUGGCACAUUUGUCACCUUUAAGGGAGAAGAUAAAGCAACUGUCCAACGCUGGUGCUGAAAGUAAGCCAGAAUGGUUCACAAAAGUCCUAGGCUUAUCCGACAAGAUCCACCACGUAGCUGACAACAUCCCCAUCAAACCUGUCGACUAUUUGAGCAAGGCCAACUACACAGAAGUCAUCGAGAGAGGGCAUGGCCCGCCAGAACCUGUCGUCAGGCUAUGCGUUACUACAAACGUGGAGUUGGCUAAAUGCCGUUCGAUGUCGGUGUUCGCAUUCAGUCGCGAUAUUCGCCCCAGGCUUGACUGCGUCCAGGAACCAUCGGAAGAGGCCUGUCUCAAAAGUGUCCAAGACAAUGGAUCCGACUUAGCGGCUGUGGAUGGUAUACGAGUGGCCUCGGCAUCUAAGGAGUUCAACCUUCACCCAGUCUUCCAUGAAGUGUACGGACCGACAAAAACACCCAAUUACGCCGUGGCAGUUGUUAAGAAAAACACUCCCUUUAAUAACGUUGAUGACUUGAAAGGAAAACGAUCCUGUCACAGCUCUUACGGCAAUUUCGGAGGAUUUGCUGCUCCACUGUAUUAUCUCAUCAACAAGAGAAAGAUAUCUUCCGAUCAAUGCGUGAAGAACUUCGGUGACUUUUUCUCAGGGUCAUGUCUACCUGGAGUUGACAAGCCAGAAAAUAAUCCAAGAGGUGACGACGUCUCCAAACUGAAGAAGCAAUGUUCAUCCAACAACAGUCCAUGGCUGUGCCUUCAAGAGAAUCGAGCUGAUGUUGCUUUCGUGCUAAGUGCGGAUCUAUCCAACUUUGACGCGUCACAGUAUGAACUACUCUGCCUGAACCGAGACGCCGGUGGUCGCGACAGUCUGGCAAACUUCGCCACUUGCAACAUAGCGUUGGCACCGACAAGAACCUGGUUAUCCGCCAAGGACUUCCUGUCAGAUGUGUCUAUAGCCCACACACCAUUAAGCUUAGCGGAACUGCUUGCUGACAGAAGUGACCUGUUCAAUAUCUAUGGGGAAUUCCUCAAGAAUAACAAUGUCAUUUUCAACAAUAAUGCAAAAGGACUAGCAACUACAGAGAAGAUUGACUUUGAAAAAUUCAAAAAUAUCUAUGAAGUUCUAAAGACUUGUGGGGUGGCCUAAUUAUUUUAUAUUACUAAUGCUCAUAUUUUACCAGUUAUGUUAUGUUAUUCAAUACUAAAAAAGGAAGACCAAAAAUAUAGGUCCAAUUAAUAAAACACGCAACAAUGUUUAUUCGAUAAGAUUUAUUUGCUUAAAUUGAGAAUAAAUAAUAAUACCAAAAAGUCAA